AAUAACUCUUAUGAAACAUGAGUACGAAAAGUGUAACAUUGUACUAUAUUUCACUAAGCUAAUGAUUUGAUUAGUACAAAAAGGUUAUAACUGUUGACAUUGUAGCCAUAGGCGCUUCAUUUACCUUUCAAAUUUCAAAUCACCGAAUCAUCGCAUUUGAUUGAAAGAUGCUUUAUUCGGCGCUCAUAACCUUUCUAAGCGUCUUUGUAGGUCAUUCAGCUUCUGUUGGCAACUGUGGUACCUACUCUUUCUGCUGGAUGAUAAAUUCCAAUACCACCUAUGAAAGCCUUGAUAGCAAUCUUUGGUUAAAUGGUGUUGAAUUGUUGUCGAUUGGAGAAAAAGAAAAGUUCAUGUCUCUGAAGUUGGUAUCAUCAGGUUUCCAUUCAUUAACAUUUCAGAAUGGAAGAGACCUCAGUACUUGGAGAAUUUCAACAGGUGCAUGUUCAGCCCCUUCUGUUGUAAAAAGUCAAAAUGACCCUAAAGAGCAGCCCAUCAGCAGCACAAUUGAGGUUUUGAAGUCUUUCACAGCUGAUCAGGUUUUUGCAUGUGAAAGCAAAACUCUCUAUCUGCGUCAAGAGAAGGAUCUUAUUUUUGCAGUCGGUUACACUGAACGCUUUCCAGUGAGAGUCGAAUCGAGGAGUGUCUCUACGCUGCAGCUCUCCUGGACUGUGUUGUCCACUCCACUUGAAGUCCCUGUGUACAGGGUCACCUUAUAUGAGCCUGAAGAUGACGCUGCCAUUUUGGUGAAGGAGGAAUCUGUAACAGCACCCUACUACACGUUUCGCAACCUCGACUCCUGUAGGGAUUACAUUGCAUGUGUGAAUUAUCCAAGUAAUCCCUCCAUCUUGUGUGUUAAAGCCCUCACGGAUCCUGAAAAACCAAGGAAUUUCCGAGUCACUGAUUCCAAUAGCAGCAGCCUCACUGUGUCGUGGGACUGCCCUCUGAAUCAGGAGUACACCUUGUUCACGGUGUCUGUUCUCUACCUGAACUCAACGGGUCAUCUCCAGAUAGAGGAGUCUUACAGUCAUAAAGAGGACAAGCUGGAAUUCACCCUCAGCAACCUGCCUCCUUGCAGCAAGCUACAGCUGGCCCUGCAGACAGUGUGUGAAACUGAAGAAACGCGGAGCAGUGAAAAGAUCUUUAUUGAUGCUUAUGCUAAACUGGAAGAUGUCCGUCAAGUUGCUCACACCAAUAGUAGCUACACCCUGAUGUGGUCUGUAAGGAACAACUCCUCCAUUUCUGCAUUCAACGUGUACAAUGAUGAAAUUCUGCAGGGGUCUACCUCACAGAACACCUACACGUUGACUGGAGUACUGCCUUGCCACCAGUACAAUGCAACUGUAGAAGCUAUCUGUGGAGAGAAAACAGUGAUGAGUGUGAAGACCAUCCAGGCUGAGACGGGCCCGGGUACAGUAACAGAUUUGCAAUUCCAGCAGCAGGACUCCAAGGUCCAUUGGAAGACUAAGUCUGGGCCCAGGGUGAUGUUUGCCUACCAGCUUUAUGAUGAAAACCGUUCUGUAAUUCAGGGUGGGAAGGUGAACAGCACUACUCUGGAUCGUUUUGACUUGAAUCCCAACACUUCCUAUCAGCUUGAGGUAUUUGAGGAGUGUUUGGGUGAACAUGGCCUUUCGACGUUCUUGGCUUUUAUUACAAAUGCAGAGGCUAGAGCUUUCCCAAGUUUGGAUUUCACUGACGAGCCGGUGUUGGAACCCCCUGGUAGCAUUGUGGCUGCAACAAAGCCCUCUCCUGAUGCUGAUGCCCCAGCUGAUCUGAUAGGCGCAGUGUCUGGGGUUCCCCCAGACUUGGAAAGGGAGACUGAACCCCCAUCAGUGGUUGCGAAAACUCCGGAGACAGCAGAGGCAGAUGAUCUUGCGGAAGCCAUCGGUACUGUCUUAGUGAUAACUGCAUUGGAUCCAGAAGCAGAUGAAUCCCCAUUGCAACAGAUCACACCCACUCAGAGAAAAUUCCCACCUACCCCAUUCGAUCCCGAAUCUCUUGUGCCCAUGAACAAAACCGAAGCAUUAACUCCACCUGCCCAAGCAAGAACCACAUCUGUGCCUUCAAAAGUCACGCCUAUUCUUGCAACAGUCAUACCCAGCCAGAAGGUGGUCACACCUGCUCAAGAUCUAGAAUCUGAUGUUCCGUCAUCCCUUGCCAUUGUUGUGCCAUGGGUAUUGCCAACUUAUCUUCAGACUUUGUCAUCUAAACCCAGAAUUGAAUUGGAGCAAGCGGUCAAAAAUCAAUUGAAGGAUGUCUUAAAGAAAUAUCACCCAAUAGAAGUUGAAUUGGUCAUGUUUAAGUCGGAUGAAGAUAAAACUAAGAUCACUUUCAAAGUCUACAACAUUUCCAACAAAGAGGCUAAAGAGCAACUGUCUGUCACUGAACUAUCCAAUUACAUACAGGCCCUCAACUACCCUAACAUCACAGUGAAAGAUGGUAUUAUUUUCUGGAAUGAUACGGAUGAAUGUGCUUCCCCUGUCCUGAAUGAGUGCAGUAAAAAUUCUUACUGUAUUAAUACUCUGAGUUUCUUCACCUGUGUCUGCCACGAAGGAUAUUAUGAUGUCAGCGGUGCGUUCAGCCCUGCUGUGCACUCUGCCUGUGAUGAGGCUGGGAUGUUUACUCGUUGUGAUGUUGGCCACAUAAAAGCUGGGAUUUCUAAGGAGUUUUUAAGGAAUCGUUUCAGUGGUGAAGUGAGUGUCGUUUUGAACGAUGGGAGCUGCCAGGCUAAAGAGAAUGAAAAUUAUUACUCCUACUCCAUAACAAGCAAUCACAGCUACUGUGGGGCUACAGUUCUGGUGAAUGAAACCCAUAUCAUGUUUAAAAAUGUUCUUCACGUGACUGCUGGUAAAGAUAAAGUGAUCACUAGAAGGGACCUUCAGGUGGUAUGGAAAUGUGUCUACACCAGAGAAUACCUUCGUCACACACACAUGGGAGAGGAUCUCUUGGACUGGCAUCAGUCCUUGAUCCUAAUCCAGUACAACACCAGCCGGAUUUUGGAACUCCGUAUGACUCUACACGACAAUGAUUCUUUUAAGUCCAACAACUCGAUCCCGAUGGAAUUCAGCUCGGACACUCACCUCUUUUUUGAGGUGACCCUUCAUUCACAGGACACCUUUGCCUUUGACUUUGUUUUGGAGGUGGUCUCCUGUUGGGUAACGGAGACCUCCAACCCAAAGGGAACACCGAAGGUAUUCUUCUUGAAUGAAAGUUGUCCUGUUGACGAGACCUUUCGGUGGUAUACAGCUAAUGGAUUACAACAGAAGAGCCGGUUUUCAGUACAGAUGUUUACUGUCACUCCAAAGAAACCCAUCUAUGUGCACUGCUUAACAAAAAUAUGCACCCAGCAGGAAAAGGAAAACUGCUCAAUGGUCUGUCCUGCAAGGAGAACAGACAAAAGAAGAAGAGAACUUAAAAACAGAUUGCUAACGGCAGUUCUGUCAGCUGGGCCCAUCAUUGUCGGGGAUCAUGCCACGAUGUCUGAGGCAAAACGAUCAGAUUGGCAUCAGCUUCUAAAUGUGAUGACAAUCAUUGGAGGAACAACAGGCUUCCUGUUUUUGACCUUGCUGGGCAUGAAUGCAAUAAAGUGCAUUUUAAAAUGCAGUGAAAAACAUCAAGAAAGGAUUCAAUGAUAAUACUCCUUUCCUUCCUCUUAGUUCUUAUAGAACUUUUAUAAAAUUUGUUUCUGUUCUGAAAAACAAAUCCAAAAGUACCUAAUGGACUACUUUUUGAAGUACAGUGUGGUGCUGGAUGUACCUAGUAGAGCUGGUGUGGAAUCUGCCAACACUGGAAGACAACUUGUGACUUGUCUUCAGUGUCCAGGAUUUGUACUUGUUUUUCCAGGUGUUAUACAUCUAAAAUUGUUACUAAUAAACCUACUGAAUUCUUGA